AUGCAACAGAUGCCCGGAGGAGUGUCUGUCGGGGAAUCGCCGGGCGGCAGCCCCAGAGCACGGAGGAGCAGCGAGGAUUGGCAACCCUUCGGCCCGGACCGGCGCGGGGCAGAAGGAGGGGGUUGGGACGCCUCCUUUCCGGACGGCCAAAAUGCCCGAACUCCCGGCAGAGGCUCCAAAGAGGAAGGGUGGCUGGGCAAACUGCGCGGGGGCGGAGGCGAAGAGUUGAAACUCUCCAGCACGACCUUUGCCCUGAACGGAGACUCGGCCCACAACCAGGCGAUGGUGCACUGGUCCGGCUACAACAGCAGCGUGAUUCUCAUUCUUACAAAACUGCAUGACUUCAAUUUGGGAAGCGUUACUGAAAGUUCACUUUGGAGGUCCACAGAUUAUGGUACAACAUAUGAAAAGCUAAAUGACAAGGUGGGACUAAAGACUGUGCUGAGUUAUCUUUACGUCAGUCCUACUAAUAAGAAAAAGAUAAUGCUUUUAAGUGAUCCUGAGAUUGAAAGUAGUAUACUCAUCAGUAAUGAUGAAGGAGCCACCUAUCAAAAAUAUCGACUCAGCUUCUACAUCCAGAGUCUGCUGUUCCAUCCUAAGCAAGAAGACUGGAUUCUAGCAUACAGCAUUGACCAAAAGCUGUAUAGUUCUAUGGAUUUUGGAAGAAGAUGGCAGAUCAUGCAUGAACGGAUCACACCAAACCGAUUUUAUUGGUCUGUCACGGAUUUAGAUAAGGAGCCUGACCUUGUGCAUAUGGAGGCUCGGACACCAGAUGGACAUGCCCAUUAUAUAACUUGCAGAAUUCAAGAAUGUUCAGAGACUACCAGGAAUGGGCCUUUUUUGCACUCUAUUGAUACAAGUUCACUUGUUGUCCAGGAUGAAUAUAUCUUUAUUCAGGUAACUUCUGGUGGAAGAGCAAAUUACUAUGUGUCUUACAAAAGGGAACCCUUUACUCAGAUAAAAUUACCCAAGUAUUCACUACCAAAGGACAUGCAUAUUAUCAGCACAGAUGAGAAUCAGGUGUUUGCUGCAGUUCAGGAAUGGAACCAAAAUGACACAUACAACCUCUACAUUUCUGAUGUUCAUGGCGUCUACUUCACACUAGCCUUGGAGAAUGUUAAGAGCAACCGAGGACUAGAAGGGAAUGUUAUCAUUGAUCUUUAUGAGCCUUUCUGUUCCUUGCACUUACAUUUGCAAGUCCCUGAAAACCCUUACACUUCAGGCAGCAUUUCAAGCAAAGAGACAGUCCCUGGACUUCUGGUUGCUACAGGCAAUGUGGGUACAGAAUUGUCAUACACUGAGAUUGGCAUGUUUGUUUCUUCGGAUGGUGGAAAUUCCUGGAGACAGAUCUUUGAGGAAGAAUACAAUGUAUGGUUCCUUGAUUGGGGUGGAGCACUUGUGGCCAUGAAACAAACAUCAAUGCCUAUUCGACAUCUGUGGUCCAAAAGAAUCUUUGGCCAUCUCAAUCUCCGUUCUGAAUGGCAACUAGUAAAAGUGGAUUAUAAAUCUAUCUUUAGCAGAAGAUGUACCAAGGAUGAUUUCCAGUCAUGGCAUUUACACAACCAGGGUGAACCUUGUGUCAUGGGAGAAAGGAAGAUCUAUAAGAAACGUAAAUCAGGGGCAUGGUGCGCCUUAUCUAGAGAUUACUCAAGAACAGUGGUUUCAGAACCAUGCAUCUGUGCUGAGUGGGACUUUGAAUGUGACUAUGGUUAUGAAAGACACAGUAAUAAUCAAUGCAUCCCAGCAUUCUGGUUCAACCCAUCCUCUCGGAUGAAAGAAUGCAGUCUUGGCCAGAGCUACUUGAACAGCACUGGGUAUCGGAGGAUUGUUUCUAAUAACUGCACAGAUGGUUUGCAAGAAAAGUAUGCAGCCAAGCCUGAACAGUGUCCAAGCAAAGCUCCCCAUGGGUUACAUAUUCUCACAUCCACUGGCAAGUUAGUUACAGAACAAGGCUACAACACUACCUUUAUAAUUCUUAUGGAAGAGGGUGACCUCCAGAGAACAAAUAUCCAAUUGGAUUUUGGGGAUGGUACUGCUGUAUCCUAUGCUAAUUUCAGUCCUGUAGAAGAUGGUAUCCGACAUGUUUAUAAGAGCACUGGAAUCUUCCAUGUGACAGCUUAUGCAGAAAAUAACUUGGGUUCUGAUUUGGCAGCACUUUUCCUGCAUGUGGUUUGUCCAGUGGAACGUGUCCACCUGAGUGUCCCUUUUGUGGCCAUUAGAAAUAAGGAAGUCAAUCUCACAGCUGUAGUUUGGCCAAAUCAGUCAGGCACCUUCACUUACUUCUGGUGGUUUGGCAACAAUAGCAAGCCGUUCAUCACCUUGGAUAGCAGCAUCUCUUAUAUCUUUACCAGUGAAGGACUGAAUACUAUCACAGUGCAGGUCUCAGCUGGCAACAUCCUUAUCCAGGACACCAGAAACAUUGCUGUGCAUGAAUAUUUUCAGUCUCAGUUAUUAUCAUUCUCACCCAAUUUGGAUUAUCACAAUCCUGAUAUCCCAGAGUGGAGAGAAGACAUUGGCCGAGUCAUCAAAGCAGCUUUAGUGCAUGUGACUGGUAUACCCAAGGAACAAAUUCUUGUAGCAGUAUUCCCUGGAUUGCCUACCUCUGCAGAACUCUUCAUCUUACCACAUCAAAACAUAUCAGAGAGAAGGAAAGAUAGUGAAGAUGAUUUGGAGCAGGCUGUUGAAAUCCUUUUCAGUGCUCUAAAUCAGAACCUGGUUCAAUUUGAGUUGAAGCCCAAUGUGGAAAUAAUUGUUUACGUCACUCAAUUAACAUUAGCACCUCUUGUUGAUACUGGUGCUGGACACAGCAGCUCUGCAAUGCUGAUGUUGCUCUCAGUGGUCUUUGUCGGCUUGGCUGUUUUUUUAAUCUACAAGUUUAAAAGGAAAAUUCCAUGGAUCAAUAUCUAUGCUCAGGUGCAACAUGACAAGGAACAGGAGAUGAUUGGUUCUGUCAGCCAAAAUGAAAAUGCACCCAAAAUUACACUUAGUGAAUUCACAGACCCUGAAGAACUCAUGGACAAAGAGUUGGAUGCACGGGUUAUAGGAAGCAUCUCAACAAUCUCCAACAGUGAAAGCACAAAGGAAAUACCGAACUGCACUAGUGUUUAA